AUGUCGGUAUCUAUAUUACCUGGUCCACAAGCUCUUUCUCAAUUUAGAGUGGAUAAUUUAACCAAGGACAUCAACAGAAUCUCAAAUAGUACAGCUAUCAUACAAGAAAUUCGUUCCUGUUAUAUUCACUAUGUUGAUGCAAAUGUUACUUCCUUGUCAAAUAAGGAGUCGGAUUUAUUGCAAGUUCUCUUAACCUACGAUUCAGCAUUGAAUGUGGAAGAUGAUCAGUAUUCAAAGAUUCUAUAUGAUUCAGUAAGGAAUAAUACAAGCUCAGCCCAAUUGAUAGAUCCAGACACAUACUUAAUUAGAAUUGUUCCAAGAAAAGGUACAAUUUCACAAUGGUCUUCUAAGGCGACUAAUAUUGCGCACGUUUGUGGAUUGAAAGGUAAAGUCAACCGUAUUGAAAGAGGCCUUGCAUUAUUAAUCAAGACGAUACCAAAUUUUCCAUUAUCAGACAGCUUAGAUAAUAUCUCCUUGAAAUCUGUCUUUGAUAGAAUGACUCAAGCUUUAUACAUUGGUGACAUUCCUAAAGUAUCAGACCUUUUUACUCAUGAUGUUCCAAGACCAUUGGUUACCGUGCCACUUUCAUCUACAGCAACGACGUCUUCACACGAUCCAACCUCUAUUCUAAGACAGGCAAAUACUACUCUAGGUUUAGCUUUAGAUGAAGGUGAAAUAAGUUAUUUGGUAAAUGCAUUUGUUACUAUUAUGAAAAGGGAUCCUACCGAUGUAGAAUUAUUUAUGUUUGCUCAAGUGAAUUCAGAACAUUGUCGUCAUAAGAUUUUUAAUGCUAACUGGUGCAUUGACAACAAAGCAAUGGAAAAUACUUUGUUUGGAAUGAUAAGAAAUACACACAAGAUUUCAAACAACCAUACAAUUAGUGCCUAUUCCGACAAUGCCGCGGUCAUUGGUACAGAUAAUCAAGCAUAUUAUUUUGCACCAAAUCCUCUAUCUAAAGAAUGGAAUUCGAAGAAGGAAAAUGUCCCUAUGUUAAUCAAGGUUGAAACUCAUAAUCAUCCAACUGCUGUAUCUCCAUUUCCUGGUGCAGCUACAGGGUCUGGCGGUGAAAUUAGAGACGAAGGUGCCACUGGUAGAGGUUCCAAAUCUAAAUGUGGUCUAAGUGGCUAUUCAGUCUCUGAUUUAUUGAUUCCAGGUUUCGAACAACCCUGGGAGUUAAAUGUUGGCAAACCAAAUCAUAUUGCUUCUCCAUUAGACAUUAUGAUCGAGGCACCUUUAGGUUCUGCAGCUUUCAAUAAUGAAUUUGGUAGACCGUGUAUUAAUGGUUAUUUCAGGACAUUAACAACCGAAGUCACUAAUACCGAUAAUGAAAAAGAAGUAAGAGGUUUCCACAAACCAAUUAUGCUUGCUGGUGGUCUUGGUACAGUCAGACCAAACUUUGCCUUAAAGAAUUGUCCAAUAACCCCAGGCUCCUGUUUAAUAGUCCUUGGCGGAGAAUCAAUGCUGAUUGGCCUUGGUGGAGGUGCUGCCUCUUCUGUUGCUUCUGGAGAAGGCUCAGCUGACUUAGACUUUGCUUCUGUUCAAAGAGGUAAUCCAGAAAUGGAACGUCGUUGUCAACAAGUCAUUGAUUCCUGCAUUGCGUUAGGAGAUGAAAACCCAAUCCAAUCAAUCCAUGAUGUUGGUGCUGGUGGUUUAUCGAAUGCUUUGCCUGAGUUAGUCCACGAUAAUGAUUUAGGUGCCAAGUUUGACAUAAGAAAGGUCCUGUCCUUAGAAAAGGGUAUGUCACCAAUGGAAAUAUGGUGUAAUGAAUCUCAAGAGCGUUAUGUUUUAGGUGUAUCUCCAAAAGACCUGACUGUAUUCGAAGAGAUUUGUAGAAGAGAAAGAGCACCUUUCUCCGUGGUUGGACAUGCUACUGCUGAACAGAGACUAUUGGUGGAAGACUCACUAUUAAAAACAACACCUAUCGAUCUAGAAAUGUCUUUGUUAUUCGGAAAACCCCCAAAAAUGUCAAGAAAUGUUAUUACGGAACCAUUGAGAUUACCAGCUGGUGACCUCGCUGCUGUUUCAUCCUUGGACGAGGCUAUAACUAGGGUUUUAAAGUUACCAUCGGUAGGGUCAAAAUCCUUCUUAAUUACUAUAGGUGACAGAUCUGUUACAGGAUUAGUCGACAGGGACCAAUUUGUUGGUCCAUGGCAGGUACCUGUUGCUGAUGUCGGUGUGACUGCAACUUCUUUAGGAGAUUCUGUUGUCAAAAGUGGUGAAGCCUUGGCCAUGGGUGAAAGACCAACAACUGCUUUAGUUUCUGCUGCUGCCUCAGCAAAACUAUGUGUCGCAGAAUCAUUAUUGAAUUUAUUUGCUGCUGAUGUGAAAAGUUUAGAAUACGUUAAUUUGUCAGCAAACUGGAUGGCGCCAGCCUCUCACAAGGGUGAGGGAUCCAAAUUAUAUGAAGCAGUUCAAGCUAUUGGUUUAGAUUUAUGCCCAGCACUUGGUGUUGCGAUCCCGGUUGGUAAAGAUUCCAUGUCUAUGAAAAUGAAAUGGGCUGAUAAGGAAGUCACUGCUCCUCUAUCGUUGAACAUUACUGCGUUUGCGCCUGUUAAUAAUACAUCGAAGACAUGGACCCCGGUGCUAGAUAAAACUAGAGAAGAUUCUGUUCUUGUACUGGUCGAUUUAGCUUCUUUACAAGAUGUGAAAUCACUUGGUGGCUCCGCAUUACUACAAGUUUACAAACAAGUAGGAAACACUUCUCCAACAGUCCAUGAUUCCAACAUUUUGAGAAAUUUCUUGAAUGCCAUCAUCGCGCUACAUAAUGAAGAUGACAUAGUUCUAUCUUAUCAUGAUAGAUCUGAUGGUGGUUUAUUGGUAACUUUGUUAGAAAUGGCCUUUGCUUCAAGAUGUGGUUUGGAAAUUUCAACUGAAGCCGCCAAUCUCCAGGAUGCACUAGUACAUCUAUUUAAUGAAGAACUUGGUGCCGUUUUCCAGAUUGUCUCGAAUAAAUUGGAUUCCUUCAAGUCUAUUUUGAACAAAAGUGGGGUGCCAUCUGAGUAUAUAAGUGUUGUUGCUAAACCAAGCUUCAAGUCUCACAAUAUCAAAAUCAUUAAUAGAAAGGGGAAAGAAAUUUACUUGAAAAAAAGAGAUGAAUUACAAGAGGUCUGGAGUUCUACUUCAUUUGAGAUACAAAGGUUGAGAGAUAAUCCAAAGACUGCUGAAGAGGAAUUUUCUUCCAUAAAUGAUGAUAAUGACCCUGGGUUGCAUUACAGUUUGACGUUCGACCCAACUGAUGAUUUGGAGAUCCCAAGACUUCUUAAUGUCUCUAGACCACAGGUUGCCAUCCUAAGGGAGCAAGGUGUCAAUGGUCAAAUGGAAAUGGCUUGGUGUUUCCAACAAGCUGGUUUCACUUCAAUUGAUGUUACGAUGACUGACUUGAUCGAAGAAAGAUUCAACUUAAGUGAAUUUGUUGGUUUUGCGGCGUGUGGUGGUUUCUCGUACGGUGAUGUUCUUGGUGCUGGUGCUGGUUGGGCCAAGUCAGUUUUGUAUCAUGAAAAUGUUAGAGAGCAAUUCGUUGAUUUUUUCCAAGUAAGAAAAGAUACUUUUGCAUUUGGUGCUUGUAAUGGUUGUCAAUUUUUAAGUAGAUUAAAAGACAUUAUUCCAGGCUGUGAAAAUUGGCCAACAUUUGAAAGAAACUAUAGUGAACAAUACGAAGCACGUGUUUGUAUGGUCAAGAUAAAUGACGAGCAAGAUCGUGCUCGGGGCCAAAUGAGCGUGUUCUUAGAUGGUAUGACGGGGUCAUCAUUACCAAUUGCAGUUGCUCAUGGUGAAGGUAGAGCAGCAUUUAACUCUGCUGAGGAGGCGAUGAAUUUCAACAAGCAAAAUAUGGCAGUAGUGAGAUAUAUUGAUAAUUAUGGCAAUGUUACUGAAAGGUUCCCAUUCAAUCCAAAUGGGUCUCCAGAUGGUAUUGCUGGUAUUAAGUCACCUAAUGGGAGGGUUUUAGCUAUGAUGCCUCAUCCUGAGAGGGUGUGUAGACUAGAGGCCAAUUCUUGGUAUCCAAAGGGUAAAUAUGAAGAGUGGGAAGGAUAUGGUCCUUGGAUAAGAUUAUUCAGAUCUGCUAGAAAAUGGGUCGGUUAA